AUGUAUUAUAGCAACAGCUAAACUUCCUUAAUCAAGUCUCCGUAUGGCUAAAUCAUUACGAAAACUCCACUUGUACGAUAAAAUCGACCCUAAGAAAAACUGAACGAUCAAUCAAUUGUGUCUCAAUAUCAAUCUCCCACACUCAGACAGGCCAUGUCUCCAAAGGCAGCCAGAGAAUACUUAAAUAGUUUAAAGAGCUUCAUAAAUCAAUACGAAUCAAAGCCAAUAAAUGAAAGUAGGAUUGCCACUCAAUCGAGUCAUCAAUCGAUUCUCUAAUAGCCAUACCUAUACUUUCCUAUAGCGAAUAGACUGAAUGAUGAGAUCAAGUUGAUGACUCCCCAAAGGAUUGAAGUCAAGAAACUAAAUCAAGAUGGAACCGUGCACUCUCUUAAAUAUUAUUACUUGAAGCAACCAGUGUUGAGCAGUUCGAACGAUGUUCCCCCUUAGAAACAAACCACAAUAGUGGGAUUGAAUCAUAGUGGCAAAUAUAAAUUGUUCUUAGAACUCAUUAAGAAAGUUAUGCCCAAACAAUUUAAAUUAUUCAUCCAAACAGAUCAAGUGGACAAAUAACUCAACAUUCAAGUGAAUGACGAUCUAAAAUCAACAAUCAAAAGUUUCAAGACUGGAUCGAAGAAUUAUUAAUUAAUUGCCCAGAGUGACUAACACGUAAUUGUAUGUCGAGGACUCCAGGGAUUCAUUAGAGAUAAAAAAGAUAAAGGCAUUCUCAUUUUGUGCAUUAAACCUGGCAAGGAAGCAAAAUUGGAUUGUGUCCAAACUCUUAAAUUGAUAGAAAAUAUAUAAAAAAAUUGA